ACUACUGCUCCUACAACAACUACUGCUGAUACUACGACAACUACUGCUGAUACUAUGACAACUACUGCUCCUACAACAACAACUACUGCUCCUACAACAACUACUGCUGAUACUAUGACAACUACUGCUCCUACAACAACUACUGCUGAUACUACGUCAACUACUGCUGAUACUACGACAACUACUGCUCCUACAACAACUACUGCUCCUACAACAACUACUGAUGAUACUACGUCAACUACUGCUCCUACAACAACUACUGCUGAUACUACGACAACUACUGCUCCUACAACAACUACUGCUCCUACAACAACUACUGCUGAUACUACGUCAACUACUGCUCCUACAACAACUACUGCUGAUACUACGUCAACUACUGCUCCUACAACAACUACUGCUGAUACUACGUCAACUCCUGCUCCUACAACAACUACUGCUCCUACAACAACUACUGCUGAUACUACGUCAACUCCUGCUCCUACAAAAACUACUGCUCCUACAACAACUACUGCUGAUACUACGUCAACUCCUGCUCCUACAACAACUACUGCUGAUACUACGACAACUACUGGUCCUACAACAACUACUGCUGAUACUACGUCAACUACUGCUCCUACAACAACUACUGCUGAUACUAUGACAACUACUGCUGAUACUACGUCAACUACUGCUCCUACAACAACUACUGCUCCUACAACAACUACUGCUGAUACUACGUCAACUACUGCUCCUACAACAACUACUGCUGAUACUACGUCAACUACUGCUCCUACAACAACUACUGCUGAUACUACGUCAACUCCUGCUCCUACAACAACUACUGCUCCUACAACAACUACUGCUGAUACUACGUCAACUCCUGCUCCUACAACAACUACUGCUCCUACAACAACUACUGCUGAUACUACGUCAACUCCUGCUCCUACAACAACUACUGCUGAUACUACGACAACUACUGCUCCUACAACAACUACUGCUGAUACUACGUCAACUACUGCUCCUACAACAACUACUGCUGAUACUAUGACAACUACUGCUGAUACUACGUCAACUACUGCUCCUACAACAACUACUGCUCCUACAACAACUACUGCUGAUACUACGUCAACUGCUGCUCCUACAACAACUACUGCUCCUACAACAACUACUGCUGAUACUACGACAACUCCUGCUCCUACAACAACUACUGCUGAUACUACGACAACUACUGCUCCUACAACAACUACUGCUCCUACAACAACUACUGCUGAUACUACGUCAACUCCCGCUCCUACAACAACUACUGCUGAUACUACGUCAACUACUGCUCCUACAACAACUACUGCUCCUACAACAACUACUGCUGAUACUAUGACAACUACUGCUGAUACUACGUCAACUACUGCUCCUACAACAACUACUGCUCCUACAACAACUACUGCUGAUACUACGUCAACUCCUGCUCCUACAACAACUACUGCUCCUACAACAACUACUGCUCCUACAACAACUACUGCUCCUACAACAACUACUGCUGAUACUACGUCAACUCCUGCUCCUACAACAACUACUGCUCCUACAACAACUACUGCUCCU